AUGGCUUUAGACAGACAAUUGGAGUUUGUAAAAUUUAGGAGUAUUAUGAAAAAAUUGGUGUUUAUCGUCGGCCUAUGGACUAACGAAGAUUCGAGUUUGUUCUACCGAUCGUUACUCGCUAUCUACUUGUCCUUUUUUUUAAUUCCGAUUGUUGGUGUAGGCAACUUUUUUAUUACCAAUAUUUCCAACAUAAGUCUUGUAACUAGAAGUUUGAGCACACUGCUGGGCUUUUCUACAGUUAUGAUGAAAGCAACGUGUUUCAUCAUCAACCGAAAAGAAGUCGACGACUUGCACACAGUACUCGAUCCGUACUUUGACAAACUGGUCCAAUCCCCAAAAAUGUCAAAUUUGGUCCUGAGUAACGUCAGGACUUUCAGACGCUGGCCAAUAUUCAUCACCGUCUUUGUCACAAUUGUGUGCCUUUCCUACGCGAUUAAUCCAAUAUUAUCGAUUAUACAUCAAUUGCGACACCGCGAAUGGCCUAUCAAGUACAACCUGAUUUUUCUGACGGUUUAUCCGAUUAAAGCUCGCCGUAAUAGUUUACUCUACAACUUUUACUUCGUUGACGAGUAUUUACUAACAGCCAGCAUGAUAUUUAUCACCUCGAGCCUGGACUCGCUUUUCACUUACUACAUUUUUCAAUUGAUUGGAAUGUUAAGGGAAAUAUCGUACCAUAUUUCGAGGGUAGAUGAAAAAAAUAGCGAAAUAAUUAUACGACGGUGCGUUGACAAGUAUGAGAUAUUGUUACGAGCUUGUGGCCAAGUUCAAAAAAUUUAUGGACCAAUAAUAUUGUGGACGAUGAAUGUUAACGCAGUUGUACUCUGCGCGGCCAUUUUUCAACUUUCGCAUGCAAAAACGAUACCUGUUGUCUCACUGAUAUUGUUUUCCGCGCAUGCUUCUCUAAAAUUGAUACAAGUUUAUGUGUUUGCUUGGUCUGGAACACAGCUCACUAUCGAGAGUGAAAAAUUUCGAGAUUGCAUCUACGCCGCUAAUUGGACAGGAAAUAUGCGGCUGAAAGCUUCUAUAAUUAUUAUGUUGGCACAAAAACCCCUCAUUUUGACAGCGUGUAACAUACUGAAUGUGACAAUUGACAUGUUUGUCAUCAACACCUCAGUUUCUUGCUUUUUAUUACUGAAAACUUUUGAGUAA